UCACGAGAAAGCAAAAGAUCUGUAUGCAAGACUUAGGCAAAAUUCAAAAGAACAAACUUACCAUGACAGUACAGACAUGCAGAGAGUUGUAGUUCAGUGUUUUACUAAAUACCAACAAUUAACAAAGGGAUUAGCACCAAAUCUCAGUCAAAUCAUGCAGUUUAGAUUAGAAGUGAUGUCAGUAAAACCGCAGAUUGAAGCGAUGAUAAUGGAAUUAAAAAGUGCUAUUUCACAGUUGUUGAGUGCCCAACAAAAAAGACAAAAUGACAUUUGGACACUUGUACGAGUUGCAGGUUUGAAAAUGCAGACUCCUCCACACCAAGGCCAUCCACGAGCUGAAUUAACACCUGGAUUGAAAAAUUCUCCUUUUUCAACUGUAUCACCAUUACGUACACCGGCUCCAUCGCUACCAGGUUCUAGUAUGGUAUUGUCUUCACUCAUGGCUGAAAAUGAUAAUGAAGCAUCCAUGCUGGCUUUAAGUGAGAAUGCAGAAACCAGAAAUAGGUUUAGCAGUGAAUUGAACUCCCUGAAGUCUGAAUCUGAUAAUGCACUGAAACAGACCAAAACCAUGGAUUGGACAUUUCUUGAAGGACAGGAUCACAAAAUUUGAACUUUAUCAAUCAUAAAAAAAUAACUAUGUUUAAUUGUGCUAUAAAUAUCAGUCAAUGGGAUAAAAUUUGUAAUGCUUGCGUGCAUAUUGCUGAUAUUAUUAUUGUUGAUGAAAUCAUGGAUACAUCAUGUGAUGUAAAAACCGAACUUUAUCUGUUAUGUUAAUGUAUGCAUAAUAGUUACAUGGUGCUAAUGAUAUUUUCUUGUUUAGCGCCUACCCAUGAUUCAAUGUGAUUGUCAGAGGAACACCAUGUGUAAUCAGCAAGAUGACAAUGGUUGAGAGAUCACUACUUAUAUUUCGCUGUGUGUCACAGCAUGUGAGAUGCUUAUGAAUGAAUAUCAUAUAUACCGCAAUAUCUAUCAAUUUGUAAACUUUUAACACCACUCCUGUCCUGCUCUAUUACAUGCUAUUUUACUAAUACAGCACAAGUAUAUGAAAUUAGUGUGCAACAAGACAGCCAGAUAUUUUCGCUAAGAGCUCAAAAAUCCUUUUACCAUAGGAUAUUAGCAUUAUUCUUAGACAUUCAAUGUUAAUCAUCAAAAUUACAGUAGCAGUGUACAAUGUGUUAUCACAGUUUAAGUCAUGAAUACAUGUACAGGUAAUACGUGUUAUGUUAGUAUUCAAAAGUCAGGAUUAUUUACAACCACUAUUUCUAAAGAAUUUGAGCAGCAGCAUAAGAAGACAGUCAUUCUCCACGAUCUUGUGCCCAUUCAGACAUGUUAUUUUGAAACUGACAUAGUGUGGAAACCAGUGACAAGUUUUAGAGACUUGUAAAUAAGUCAGUAUCAGAUACCAAUGUUUCAACAUGUCCAGUGUAUGAUUUGGGAUUAUGUUGAUGCAUUUAAUCUUAUGUACAGUUAUACAUUGAAUUGUGUUAUAUAUUGUUGUUAUAUAUAUUAUGUAUAUACAUUGUUGUCAACGCUAGUAUUGAGAUUUCACUCAUUAAUUUAAUGUCUCUGUCAAUGUUAUCUAUAUAUAUAUAUAUAUAUAUAGCAGUAAUUUGAAAACGUAAUGUAUAUGUUCUGGAUCAAUGUGACAAUCGCUGUAUUGAUCUACUUUGUUCAUGAACAGA